UCUAUAGAAAGGUGAUGUGCUUGUGGUAGUUAUUGAAAAAGUGCUUGCUGCAUGGUCAGUGAGAGGACCAGGUCUACCAGUGUGAAAUAGCUAGAGUUGCAUGAUACGUGAUACCCAAUUAUUCUUAAAUUCACAGCUAUUUCUCGUUUCCAGAUCAAAUUUACACGCAACACGUCGUCAUGGAAGAAUCAAGAGCUACAAUCCGACAUGCACAAUCAGAAGCUGGACCAGACUACGAUGAUAUUGAUUUUCCACCAGAGUCUAUAACUACCGACGUAUUGGUGAUCGGAUCGGGUCCUGUUGGUUGCACGUUCGCUCGUCUUCUGGUAGAGGGUGGCCGCAAAGUGCUCAUGAUUGAUGCUGGCAUUCAGAUGUCAGCCGAUCCUGGACAACACCUUAAAAAUUCCUAUUACUUUCAGAGGGAUAUAAACUCAUUCUCCAGCAUGAUAAAAGGACACUUGCAAAAUUUCUCAGUGCCGACGAAGGAAACGAGUGCUGUAGCUAUCGACCCACUUGCUUUCCAAGUUGACGACAGCAUAUCUUCAGAAGACAGACACAAAGGAUUUGUACGGAACAACCUCAACCCAAAGCAAAACCCUUCGUUCAACUUGCCAGAAGAAGCUGGCGUGUACUGUGUUGGUGGUAUGGGGUGCUUCUGGUCAUGUGCCAUACCGCGGUAUCAUUCCGAUCUCGAGCAAUCUAGUUUACUGUCUGUAAACGAGUGGGACGUGCUUUACAAAAAGAGUGAACAACUGCUGCGUCUCAGCACCGACGUGUUCAAUGACAGUAUCCGCCACUAUGUGGUAAAGACAACAAUCUCUACUCUUCUGCCUGACCGUCAGGUUCAGGACAUGCCACUGGCUGUCCAGAAGAAUGCCCACAAUGAAGACCUGGUCAACUGGGUAGGCCCAAAUAUGAUUCUGGGAGACGAACUUCUUGGUCUGCUCAAAAAUCCCCAACAGGAAAACUUCAUGAUUAAGGAGCAACACUUGUGUACCCACUUGAUAGCGACUGAGCUUGGUGGGCACAUUGCCUAUGCACGAGUGUGUGAUCUUGUGAAAGGAAAGAAAGUGAUCAUACAUGCCACCGUGUUUAUCGUUUGUGCUGGUGCUGUGUCAACACCUCAACUCUUAUGGAACUCUGGAAUCCGUCCGUAUGCUCUUGGCAAGUAUAUCUGCGAGCAGCCCAAGCUGUUUUCUCAAGUUGUGCUACACGAAGAUUUUAUUAACAAGAUUAGUAAUUUCUCAUUUCCUGGAAUGACAAAGGAAAUGAAAGAUAUAGUUCGAUAUCAUCGAGAUUUGAUUCCAAGCGAUGCAGUUCCCAUUCCGACUUAUGACAAGCCACCUCAGGUUUACCUGCCCGUGACCAAAGAACAUCCUUUCCAAUGUCAAAUUCAUCGUGAUUCUUCCAGAUAUGGUGAACUUCCAGCCAGUGUCGACGAUCGUCUCAUCGUUGACUUACGCUGGUUCAGCUCGACUGAGCCAUCUGAGCACAACACUAUCACAUUCGAGGAAGACGUCAAAGAUUUAUAUGGAUUACCUCAGCCAACAUUUCUCUUUAAAAUGAGCGAGAAAGAUGCAGACCAAGCACACAAGAUGGUAUUGGAUAUGACAACAAUUGCUGUUGAGUUGGGUGGCUUUCUGCCUGGGUCCGAACCCCGAUUCAUGCCACUUGGGUCCAGCUUACACCUAACAGGAAGUGUUCGAAUGGGAGCUCACAAUGAUGACACUUCAGUUGUGAAUACGUACAGCAGAGUCUGGGGCUUUGACAAUGUCUUUCUUGGCGGCAACGGUGUUAUCCCAACCGGAGCUGCAUCGAGUCCUACUUUGACAUCCGUUGCCCUAGCUGUUCGAGCAGCUAGACACAUUCUCGGACAGCCGGACUUGCAUCUCGACUCCUGACUGACGGUUGUUGAAAUUGACAGUUGACUGAAGUUUUACGAGGUUUAGCGUGCGUUAAGGCAAUACAAUUCCAGCAAUUAGUGAUACUUUUUUAGCUUGUAGUCGCAUUUAUUGUUACAAUUUUGUAAUAUAACAUUCAGCAAUUAAGUAGUUGACGUGUUUAUCAAAUACAUUUUCUCUUUCGCA